AUGUAUUCUUUACUACCUAACUAUUAUCGUUUCCUUAAUAAACUAGCUGGAUACUCUUUUCGGCCUAUAAGUGGUUUUCUUGGCUAUUGUCAUCCAUUUCAGCCACACCGGAUUUUUGCAACAGCAGUGCAGUCUGCCUAUGUGUGUUCAACUUGUGGCAGGGAGUAUUCGAAGUGGCAGGGGCAGUGCUCCUCCUGUCAUUCUUGGAACUCAAUACAAAAGGUGUGCAAAACAGAAAAUGCGGGGAACACGUUCCAUCCAGCAACCAAACUCGUAAAGCCUUCGAAAAUUAGGGAGAUUAAACCUGUCGCACACUCCCGCAUUGUUCUCCGAGGGAACGAACUCAAUCGCGUUCUUGGGGGCGGUGUGGUACCUGGAUCCCUUGUUUUAAUUGGUGGAGAACCCGGCAUUGGAAAGAGCACGUUGCUUUUGCAAAUGGCUUCGGACAUUUGUGCCUCAAGGAAGGCGAGCGUUCUCUAUGUUUCUGGAGAAGAGACCGAAGACCAAGUGAAACUCCGUUGUGACCGUCUGGGAAUUGACUCAGAAAGUCUUUCCCUCCUCCACGAAACAGAUUUGGAUUCUGUUCUCCACUAUGUGUACCAGCACGUUCCAUCAGACUUCUCUGCUUUGGUCAUCGAUUCCAUCCAGACAGUCGAGCUCCAAGGAGUUCCCACUGCCGCCGGAUCGAUUCCUCAGGUCCGUUCCUGUGCAUCGCGUCUUCAAGAACUCGCAAAAACUCUGAAUAUUUCAGUGUUUCUGACAGGACAUGUAACAAAAACAGGCGAUUUGGCGGGUCCCCGAACAUUGGAACACUUAGUAGACACGGUGUUGUAUUUGGAAGGAGAUUCCGGGACACACACUCGAAUCAUACGAAGCGUGAAGAACCGAUUUGGUCCCAGUCAUGAGCUUGGUUUGUUUGAAAUGAAAGAGAAUGGAAUGAUUGAAAAAACGGAUUUGUAUUCGUCAUUUUUGACCACAAAACCAUCGAAAAACCACACAAUGCUUGAGGAGGGUUGCUCCGUGGGAAUGAUUUUGAAUGGAACACGAGCAUUGCCGAUAGAGUUUCAAUCACUGCUCAGCAAAUACAAUUCACAGCUUCGACCUCCCCAAAGUCGAUGCAUUGGCGUCUCGUUCGACCGAUUGCAACUAUUGUUAUCUGUGUUGAAAUCGAAAGAGCGAAUUGCAGUCGGCCAAUACGAUGUGUUUAUCAAUGCAGUGGGAGGAAUCCAAGUGUUUGACUCGUCAUCCGACUUGCCAGUGGUGAUGAGUCUGCUAAGUUCUCUGAAGAAAGAGCCGAUUUUGGCAUCUACUUGCUUCAUUGGAGAGAUUGGACUUACAGGAGAACUUCGGCCCGUCCAGCAGCUCGAGAGCAGAUUGAAAACGGCAGCAUCGCUCGGUUUUCAGCAGUGUAUUGUCCCGGCGAUAGAGGGAUCUUCGAUAAAAGAUCAUUACGUAAGGGUUUCGGAGAGAUGGUAA